AUGUGGCAAAAUGAAACGUUUACCUUCCUUGCUAUCGGAUCAUUAAACACUUUUUGUAUUACUUCUCUACCUCCAUUUUUAUUUUUAUUUUUUAGUUUAUUAAUGAAUUUCUUUUUAGUCUCCAUCUCUGACCAAGCAAGAAAAUACGCAUUUCUACCUUAUAUAUAUAUAUAUAAUUUUUUGUAUCAAUAUUUUUCACUAUUGAAAGGAAGACUACAUUGGUGA